AUGAACCUCCGUCGAUGGGCCCUGUCGGUCUUUGUGGGUUUCUUCGGUCUCACGAGCACCACCUCGUUGAGCAAAGUGCAGGCUUCUGAGUGUCAAAACACGAAUAAAAUAUUCAACUUUCUUGUGGACAACCUGCCAACGGCCUACGGUCUCAACACUUGCGUGGCCAACAACGUGGGGGAAUUCGGCAAGGCACUUGCAAGCACCAUUUUCAGCAAAUGUAGCCUAUUGGACGUCUACGACGUGAUCAAGAACGAGGACUUCCACAACUUCGUCGGUUUGCUGAAGAGCAUCAUGGAAAAGCCCACCGAGAUAUCCCGACUCAUGUACGAAUACAUGUUGUACCACAGUGACGACGCCAUGGACGACCUCUGCGAUGCCUUCAGUGGCACAUUUGGACCGUGCGGCGGGAAACUCAUCCCGAGUCUGCUGCCUGUGUUGCAAAAGGACGACAAAUGUUGCGCGGAAUUCAGCGAUAUGAUUGACAUGCUGAACAUCCUUAUCGCACCCGACAAGAGUAUGGGCUAUUUCAUGGUGAACGAGCUCAUCAAUGGUUUCAACCAAAUGCUCUGCUCAAAAACGGGUCGCUAUUCCUGUGGACUCCAUAUCUUCAAAUCGUACACGAGGAUGUACACGCUGGAAAACUUUGACUUUUUCCAGCACAUGGUGAUGCCGUUCAUGACCAUUGGCGCCGGUGAAGAAUGCGCAGCUUUCUCGGGGAAACCGUACACGGACACGGCGUCAAAGAAGACUGCAACUACCAUCGAUUACGGCUGCUGUGUUCACCACAUACGGAAUUUCAUUCAGACGAUACAAGGCGCCGUUAAGAAUGCUGUCGGUGACUCAAUAUGGGACGUUGUUGGUGGCAUGGUCUCGUUAACGGCUCCUGAUGGCGCUUUUGUCGACACUCUUUCAGGAACUCUGGAAUGCCAGUACGAUAGGUGCAAGAACCCGAAAGGUAUGGCCGGUGAUGUUGGAAUGCACCGUCCCGUUGGUGCAAACGACCCGGGCAAGAACAAUUUGGUCGACACGAACUGCAUCCUCGUGGAAAAAUGUAGCGGAGACAAGUCCGUGUGUAGCCGCGUGUGCGAAAAAGGCUCAGUCUAUGUUCCGGUCUGGCUCAAGUCGACUCUAGCUUACCAGCGCAAUCUGGCGUUCAGCGGUCCGAUUUGCCUCGCGCAACUUCCUGCUACGCACAACAGCGCUAUCACCUUAGCUGAUGGCUUCGGAAAUCGUGAUCAGCUUUUCAACAAAAACCUGGAUGCAGACAAGCCGUGGUCAUACUUGAUGACUAACAACCAAGUGCUAAGUUUGACCGACCAGCUCGACAUUGGCAUCCGCUUCCUUGAGAUUGACGUCCACUUUUUCCUGAACGACUUACGCAAUGGACACUGUGGUAAUCUUGACAUGCCUGGUUUGAUGGGGUUCAUCGAAACAUUUGGCAAGACGCUCGGUAACUACGGCGUGUUCACCUGGGGCCCCGAAUUGUUGGGAUGUUUCCCUUCAACUUCCGGGAUCAAGGCUUCGGAUCAGCCGUUGAUAAGAGACUCUUUGGAUGAGGUCAAGGCUUGGCUCAAUGCGCACCCGACAGAGUUCGUUGUGUUGUACAUGGACACGGCUCCUGAAAUGAAGCGACUGGACAAGCUAGGCGCGAUGGACGGUUUGCUAAACGAAACAUUUGGUGACUUACUUGUUCCAUUUGAACCUCUCGAUAGGUUUGGUUUCGACCAUUGGAAAGGUGGUAGCAUCAACGAGCUCAUUGACGCGGGGCACCAGGUGCUGGCUCUGGCAAACUCCAAGACGUCGAGUGCCUAUAGGUUGCAUGACUUAUGCGCCCAAAGGGAACUCAUAAUGAAACACAUUGAUGACAUGCCUAACGAAAACCGACAAAUUGGCGGACUGACAGUCUACGGCUCAAGCUGGAUCCGCGCGUGGGGCGAGCAGCUUCGUUACAUUUCCCUGUCUCCGUCUGGACUAUUUUCGCGAGCGCUACCGGUUCACAUGGACACUAAGUCAAUUCCCAAAUUUUUGCGCUGGAAUAUCAAUUUCAUCGCUCUGGACAACGCAGAUAUAUCGAAGAUGGCCGCUUACGUCUGGUCGUGGGAAGUCGACGAACCCAGCAUUACGGAGGAUGGGGUCAGUGUGUUCAUGAACGAGCAGGGUCGUUGGAUGACUAGCAUGGACGCUACAAAGGAGUUUCGCGCGUGCUGGAAUGGUACACAGCUGGAAUGGUCCAUCGUGCGGUUUAAGGAGGAUUGCCCCCCUGGAACCACGUUCACAGCCCCGACGGAUCCUUACCAGAACUACCUAUUACACCAGGCACUCGGUGCUAACGGUGUUGUGGGCACGUCGCUGGUCAUAAAUGCAACUUUGACGAUAGUCGGAGCACCUACUCCAGCACCUUCGGCAAAGGCAGUUAUUGUGCUGCCAAGUGACACCACGCCGACUCCGUCAUCAUCAGGAUCAGCAUCAUCAUCGUCGUCGUCAUUACCAUCAGGAGAUGAAGAGGAUAUCCUCUCUUCGACAUCCGCAUCAGCAGAAUAUGAAAAGAUCGUCAUCGCUUCGGCAUCAUCGUCGUCAUCAUCGUCAUCACCAGCAGAAGUAGAUGAAGAGGAUAUCAUCGCUUGGACAUCAGCAUCAUCAGCAGAACAUGAAAAGAUCGUCAUCGUUUCGGCGUCAUCAUCAUCGUCGUCAUCGCCAUCAUCAGCAGAAGGAGAUGAAGAGGAUAUCAUCGCUUGGACAUCAGCACCAUCAGCAGAACAUGAAAAGAUCGUCAUCGUUUCGGCGUCAUCAUCAUCGUCGUCAUCGCCAUCAUCAGCAGAAGGAGAUGAAGAGGAUAUCAUCGCUUGGACAUCAGCAUCAUCAGCAGAACAUGAAAAGAUCGUCAUCGUUUCGGCGUCAUCAUCAUCGUCGUCAUCGCCAUCAUCAGCAGAAGGAGAUGAAGAGGAUAUCAUCGCUUGGACAUCAGCAUCAUCAGCAGAACAUGAAAAGACCGUCGUCGUUUCGGCGUCAUCAUCAUCGUCGUCAUCGCCAUCAUCAGCAGAAGGAGAUGAAGAGGAUAUCAUCGCUUGGACAUCAGCAUCAUCAGCAGAACAUGAAAAGACCGUCGUCGUUUCGGCGUCAUCAUCAUCGUCGUCAUCGCCAUCAUCAGCAGAAGGAGAUAAAGAGGAUAUCAUCGCUUGGACAUCAGCAUCAUCAGCAGAAUAUGAAAAGAUCGUCAUCGCUUCGGCAUCAUCAUCGUCGUCAUCGCCAUCAUCAGCAGAAGGAGAUGAAGAGGAUAUCAUCGCUUGGACAUCAGCAUCAUCAGCAGAACAUGAAAAGAUCGUCAUCGUUUCGGCGUCAUCAUCAUCGUCGUCAUCGCCAUCAUCAGCAGAAGGAGAUGAAGAGGAUAUCAUCGCUUGGACAUCAGCAUCAUCAGCAGAACAUGAAAAGAUCGUCAUCGUUUCGGCAUCAUCAUCGUCGUCAUCGUCAUCAUCAGCAGAAGGAGAUGAAGAGGAUAUCAUCGCUUGGACAUCAGCAUCUUCUUCAGGAGAUGGAAAGAAUCCUCAGGAGGAUUCAUCUCCACCAUCAUACUUCGGGAGGUCAACGGACACUUAG